AUGGUAUCAUUGACAACACAGUUCACAGGUGAGGGCUCACAGGAUGGUAUCAUUGACAACACAGUUACGGGUGAGGGUUCACAGGAUGGUAUCAUUGACAACACAAUUCACAGUGAGGGUUCACAGGAUGGUAUCAUUGACAACACAGUUACGGGUGAGGGCUCACAGGAUGGUAUCAUUGACAACACAGUUCACGGGAUGGUAUCACUGACAACACAGUUCACAGGUGAGGGUUCACAGGAUGGUAUCAUUGACAACACAAUUCACAGUGAGGGUUCACAGGAUGGUAUCAUUGACAACACAGUUACGGGUGAGGGUUCACAGGAUGGUAUCAUUGACAACACAGUUCAUAGGAUGGUAUCAUUGACAACACAGUUCACAGGUGAGGGUUCACAGGAUGGUAUCAUUGACAACACAGUUACGGGUGAGGGUUCACAGGAUGGUAUCAUUGACAACACAGUUACGGGCUGGCUUCUGUCUGGGCACCACCCUGUGUUCCUGGAAGAGCACUCACAGUCCACAAUGCUUAUGGGGAUUGCAGUUGGAGCCCUCCUGGCACUGGCCUUUGUUGGCAUUGCUAUCUUUUCUGUGUACAGAGGUUGACAGAGACAAGCCCAGCCCACCUCUCAAUACAGGUUUCGGAAGAGGGACAAGGUGAUGUUCUAUGGCUGGAAGAUCACGAGGAAGGUAACACACACGCAGGAUGUGGGUUGUGGGACAGCACCCAGGCCCAGAGUUCAAGCCCCACGACUGGACCCAAAAAAAAAAAAAAAAAAGAAUGUGUCUCUGUUUCAUAGGAUCCUCCGUUUCAAGAAGGAGAACCCUACCUUGCAGCCCAAGAGCCCCACCUCCCUAUUGGAGGCUGAUCUCACAGAGUUUGAUGUGAAUAAUUCUCACUUGCCAUCAGAAGUAUUGUACAUGUUGAAAAAUGUCCAAGUCCUGGGCCACUUUGAGAAGCCACUCUUCCUGGAACUUUGCAAACACGUGGUCUUUUUGCAGCUGCAUGAGGAAGAGCAUGUCUUUCAGCCAGGAGAACCAGAUACCAGCAUUUAUAUUGUACAGGAUGGACGGCUGGAGGUCUGCAUCCAGGAUACUGACGGCACUGAGGUGGUAGUCAAGGAGGUCCUGGCAGGUGACAGCGUCCACAGCUCCUCAGCAUGCUGGACACAUCACUGUCACACUGAACCGUACAAAACAGUCUCUGCCCGUGCAGCUGCCCCAUCCAGCAUCCUCCGGCUUCCAGCAGUGGUUUUUCAAGGAGUCUUUAAGAAAUAUCCUGAGACCCUGGUUGGUAUCUUUCAGAUCAUCAUGCUGCAGCUGCAGAGGGUGACCUUCCUGGCUCUGUGCACCUACCUGGGCCUGACCAUGGAGCUCCCCAAUUCUGUGAAUACAGAGCCACCACCCAGCCCGUGGCUGCUCUCCUCAGAACAGGGAGGACAGCCACAGCCAUGGCACGCUUGGUUAUCGUGGGGGAAAUGUCCAGCAACCUCUAGGCCUCUGCUGAAGAGCAGCUCCUCCCCUCUGCCUUCAGUCCACGGGGAGAUCUCAGAUGAGCUGGGGCAGCCCCAGGCUGGUGACCUUGACCCUUCACUGUCACAAGGUAAAGCGCCCCAUCGCAGUCCGGUGGAUAUCGUUAUGAUGGGCUCUGACCCCUCUCUGUUUGAUAGCCAGGUGACGCUUCUCCAUGUCCCUGCAGGCACAGUAGUGUCAAAACAAGGAGACCAGGAUGUAAACAUCUUAUUUGUGGUCUCUGGACUGCUACACAUGUACCAACAGAAGAUUGACUGCCAGAAGGAUACCUGCCUGUUCCUUACACCUGGAGAAAUGGUAGGCCAGCUGGUGGUGCUUACUGGCAAACCCUUGAUCUUCACUAUCAGAGCCAACAGGGUCUGCUGCUUCUUGUCUAUCUCCAAAGCCCACUUUUAUGAGAUCACGUGGAAACAUCCAGAGGUUGUCCUGAGUGUGGCACACACUGUGGUGAAGAGAAUGUCACCCUUUGUGCAGCAGAUAGACUUCACUCUGGACUGGAUGGAGGUAGAGGCUGGGCGUGCCAUAUGGCCUCAAGUAGACAAAUCAGACUGCACAUACAUUGUCCUUAGUGGCCGACUGCGUUGUGAUGGGAAGAAGCACCUGGCUGGGGAGUGUUUCUGGGGAGACCCCAUGGGUGUGGUGGAGACGCUGAGCCACCAGGCCAGGGCCACCACCGUGCAUGCUGUUCAAGACUCAGAGCUGGCCAAGCUCCCCACAGGAGCCCUGACGUCCAUCAAACACAGGUACCCACAGGUGGUGACUCGCUUGAUUCAUCUCUUGGGUGAGACGAUCCUUGCAGAUCUGCAGGGAUCUGCUGCGGGUCACCAGCUUGGCCUUCACACCGUGGGCAGCAAAUGGGACUGAGGAAACCCAGCCAGCAACCUGUCCACGGUGGCAGCGAUGCCCGUGUCUGAGGAUGUGCCUCUCACUGCCUUAGCCUUGGAGCUCCAGCACGCCCUGGGGGCCAUAGGCCCUGUCCUGCUACUGACCAGUGAGAACAUCAGAUAGUGCUUUGGCUCUGCUGUUCUGGACAGUAUCCACGCGCACCGGCUAUCCCGUUGGCUGGGGCAGCAGGAGGACAUCCACCGAGGUGUGCGCUACCAAGCAGACAGCACCCUUACCCCGUGGGCCCAGCGUUGCGUCUGGCAGGCUGACGGCACCCUCCUCGUGGGCCUGGGCCAGCAGGCUGACGGCACCCUCCUCCUGGAGCGGACGCUGGAGAACACGGCCAUGCGUGCCCAGAGACAGCUGACCCUACUGCACAGGAAGAGGGGCUGUGCCAGCCACGCCAUGGAGCGGCUCAACACGCAGAGCUGGAGCUCUGGCCACCUGCACCUCCGCUGCCCACGCCCUGUCUUCCCCAGGAGGAGCUUGCCCAAGCUGGUGGAGAUGUAGCGUGUCUUCCAGAGGCCUCCAGACCGGCACUUGGGCUUCUCCCGCUUGGCACAGGUGCUGACGGGCAAUGCCAUCACCUUGGUUCUUGGAGGAGGGGGCGCAAGAGGCUGUGCCCAAGUGGGCGUUCUCAGGGCCCUGGCAGAAUGUGGCAUCCCUGUGGACAUGGUUGGAGGGACCUCUGUUGGGGCCUUCAUGGGCACCCUGUAUUCUGAGGAGCAGAUGUAGGUCUGGGCCAAGCAGUGGGCAGCGAGCAUGACAUUGAUGAUGAAGACCGUGCUGGACCUGCCCUACCCAAUCACGUCUGUGUUCUCUGGGGCUGGCUUCAACAGCAGCAGCUGCAGCAUCUUCUGGAACCAGCAGAUCGAGGUGCACUGCCCAGAGAUAUGUGGCCAGGUCUAUGUGAGCAGCCGGGACAAGACAAACCUUACAAAUUACGGUGAUGCCCUGUCCGGGUAGUGGCUGCUUUGGAAAUGGUGGAACCCUUUGGCCACAAAAGUCAAGGUAAAGGGUACCAGAUGCGCUGCAGUGGCCUCCCUGGGCUAUGUGUGCUGCGUCCGGCAGCUAGAGAUGGUGAAGAAUAGCAGCUACGGUGAGUACCUGCGCCCCCUGUCGACGGUGCAGCGCCCUGGACUUUGUCAGGUCUGAGAUCUGUGUGAGUUGGGGUACCAGCAUGGACCAAUGGUGUUUGACAUCUGGGUUCGGAAUGGUGUGCUAGAGAAGAUGCUUCAAGACCAGCAGGGGACAAGCAAGAGGAAGGCCUGCGCGGUCCUCACCUGCCCCAAUGCCUCCUUCACGGACCUUGCUGAGACUGGGUCACGCAUUGAGCCAGCCAAGGCAGCUGCCAUGGUUGGUGAAGUCUGACUUCCAGACUGAGCGCGAGGAGCAGGUGCCAGGUGUCCCCCAG